CGAUGUACCCGGUCACCAUGGCAACAGAAGAAGGAGAAGGAUCGUAGCUUAGAAACGAGAGAAAGCAGAGACUUUAUCUCCAGAUUCACACCAUAAUCCCUGGGUUUGUUACGGGUGAGUCAUCACGAUGCCGGGGGAAAACGGGGACCAGUUCAAACAGGGAGACCUGGUGUUCGCCAAGAUGAAGGGCUUCCCCCACUGGCCUGCCAGGGUGUGUCAGUGUGACGGCGGUGGAAGAAAUAAGAGAAUCCCGGUCUACUUCUUCGGGAAGCAUCAAAUAGGAACGAUCCCUCCGGAGAACAUCGUGCCGUACGUCGGGAACAAGCUGAAGUUCGGCAGCGGCGUCCGGAUCAAAGGCUUCACUGAAGGCAUGUGGGAGAUCCAGAACACUCCCGUCGCGGGGAGCAAACUCAAAAGAGCCAGCAGGAGAAGGAGCACUGAGAGCAGCAUGGAGGAGAACAAAGAGACCCCCAGAGCUCAGAAACAGAGAAGAAAAAAGGAACCAAAACAUUUCAGCUGUGACCAAUGUGGGAAAGAUUUCUCUGCACCAAGUGGACUUCGGGUCCAUUAUCGUAUUCACACUGGAGAGAGACCACACAGCUGUGACCAAUGUGGGAAAGAUUUCACUGCACCAAGUGGACUUCAGGCCCAUUAUCGUAGUAACACUGGAGAGAAACGACACAGCUGUGACCAAUGUGGGAAAACAUUUAGUCGAAAAAGCGGCCUUUCAAUACACCAGCGCAUCCACACAGGAGAGAAACCACACAGCUGUGACCAAUGUGGGAAAGCUUUCACUGCACCAAGUGGACUUCGGGUCCAUUAUCGUAUUCACACUGGAGAGAAACCACACAGCUGUGACCAAUGUGGGAAAGCUUUCACUGCACAAAGUGGACUUCAGGCCCAUUAUCGUAGUCACACUGGAGAGAAACCACAUAGCUGUGACCAAUGUGGGAAAGCUUUCACUGCACAAAGUGGACUUCAGGCCCAUUAUCGUAGUCACACUGGAGAGAAGCCACACAGCUGUGACCAAUGUGGGAAAACAUUUUCUCAUAAAAGCAACCUUUCAACACACCAGCGCAUCCACACAAGAGAGAAACCACACAGCUGUGACCAAUGUGGGAAAACAUUUUCUCAUAAAAGCAACCUUUCAACACACCAGCGCAUCCACACAAGAGAGAAACCACACAGCUGUGACCAAUGUGGGAAAACAUUUACUCGAAAAAGCGUCCUUUCAAUACACCAGCGUAUCCACACAGUAGAGAAACAACACAGCUGUGACCAAUGUGGGAAAGAUUUCACGACACCAAGUGGACUUCAAGUCCAUUAUCGUAUUCACACUGGAGAGAGACCACAGAGCCGUGACCAAUAUGGGAAAACAUUUUCUCAAAAAAGCGGCCUUUCAACACACCAAUGUAUCCACACAGGAGAGAAACCACACAGCUGUGAAGUGUGUGGGAAAGCAUUUUCUCAAAAGGUUACCCUUGAAUACCACCAACGCAUUCACACAAGAGAGAAACCAUACAACUGUGAAGAGUUUGGGAAAACGUUUGCUCAAUCAAGUGAUCUCACAGUCCAUCAUCGUAUUCACACAGGAGAGAAACCACACAGCUGUGAAGAGUGUGGGAAAACAUUUUCUCAAAAAAUUACCCUUGAAUACCACCAACGCAUUCACACAGUGGAGAAACCAUACAACUGUUAAGAGUGUGGGGAAACUUUCUCUACAUCAGGUCAUCUUAAGAUCUAUCAUCUUAUUCACAAAGAAGAGAAACCAUACAGCUGUGAAGAGUGUGGGGAAACCUUUUCUCAAGGUGGUAAUCUUAGAUCCCACCAGCGCACUCACUCUGCCUCCAACUGAUCCUUUUCUGAGUCAAGCUAGCAUUCCCCCUGAUUUUCUCCAAAUGUAAAGCUGACCAACAGUGACUUUACGCUCCAAUAAACAUGUUUUUUAUGGACUACAUUCAGACUUCCCCAAAACCCGGCUGCCCUCACUAACUUAGUUCUAUAUGUGAGUGCUCUGGUUAAUACAAAUGUUUUUUGAUUUAUAUAAAGCAAAUGUAUACUGUUGCUGCGAUGCUGAACGUAACAAUGAUCUGUCUACCAGCAGCCUGUGAAUGAGACGUUUAGGGAACAUCUGUAAAUAGAAGCAUCUCUUGAUCUUUGGUCUGUAUAUAUUAUACUUCCUAAUCAAUUAUCUGUUAUGUGUGCAGAUGCAAUUUCAGUGAGCAUCAAGUUCAGAAUGUUUGUUGCCACACACCGUAUUUGCUUCUGUGUGUGACGCUCACUGAAUAGUUUUUAUUCUACGUUUAUGUUCAAUUGAAAUGUUUGAGUUGCCUUUUUGGUACUUUUUUAUUUAUUACUUCAAGUGAUGUUCAAAACACUAAGACACGUUUGGUAUGAGAAGUGAUGAAGUACAUUUGUGACGUUCUUGUUUGGUUAGUGAAACUCUGCUAUAAUAUUAUCUCAUGUUCAUUCUUUGACUUCAUUGUGACGGCCGUUAGUUUUCUGUGUUCUCAGUAAAUGUGAUUCUUGCUGCUGUAAUAAUCUGAGCUGUAAACUUA